AUGGUCACCGCUCUCGUUUCCGGAGGCAACCGCGGCUUGGGGUACGGCAUCGUCCGCCGCCUGGCCAACGAGUACCCCUCUUCGCCACUCUCCAAGUCCACCUCGGACAAGCUCACCAUCUACCUUGGCUCGCGCGAUGUCUCAAAGGGAGAGGACGCUAAAAAGUCGCUCCAGUCCGAGCUUGCCAGUGACAUCCUGGAUAAGGUCUCCAUCGAAGUCCGACAGCUGGACACCACGUCGCACGAUUCGAUCGUCAAGCUCGGCUCUGAGCUGCAGUCUGGCGUCGACAUCCUGAUCAACAACGCCGGCAUUGCGAUGGACGGCUUUGACGGCAACGUUGCCAAGCAGACGGUGCGGACCAACUACUACGCCGUGCAGGAUAUGAUCCAGAACAUCAAGGUCAAGGACGGCGGUCGCAUCGUCAACAUCGCCUCGCUGACGGGAGUGCUCAAGAACUUUGGCGACAAUGUCCGCGAUCGCUUCCGCGAGUCGAAGAGCAUCAAGGAUGUAGAUGACCUCAUGCAAGAGUUCCAGGACGUCGUAGCAGAUGGAAGCUGGAAGGAAAAGGGCUGGAAGGGCGCCGCGUACGCUACGAGCAAGAGCGGUGUCAUUGCGUACACGAGGGCCCUGGCAAAGGAGUACGAACAGCAGGGCAAGAAUGUGUUUGUCGUAUCGUGCUGUCCCGGUUACGUCAACACUGACAUGACCAAGGGUAAAGGGUAUAAGACGCUCGACCAGGGCGCAGAGACGCCCGUGUUGCUGGCGUUACAAGAGGUCGGCGCCAAGCCGGGCGAGUUCUGGUCCGAGAAGAAGGCCAAUGACUGGGAGAACCCCUAA